AGCGCGAAGAUGGCGGCGGUGUCGACCGUUUCUCUGCAGGAAGGCAGUCCGGCCAGAGAACUUCAUGUCGCUCAGAGCGGGAGCAGCGGGAGCCUCGGAGAGCGGGUUCGAGUGGAGGAGGGCACCGAAGCAGAGAAGCAGAGCCGCAUCAGUGCCUUGCUGGAGCGGCUACACGCCAAGCACAAUGCAUCGCGUCCGUGGCAGGAGACCAGCAAAGUGGUGCGACAGGCCAUGGAGAAACGUGGGGCCACGAAUUCAGCAGGACACCAGCUUCUUCUCACUUGCUUGGAGACACUGCAGAGAGCACUGAAAGUGUCCUCUCUGCCGUCCAUGACGGAUCGUCUGGAGUCCAUUGGCCGACAGAAUGGGCUCGGGUCCCAUCUCAGCCCAUCCGGGACAGAGUGCUACAUAACUUCUGACAUGUUUUACGUGGAAGUGCAGCUCGACAGCGGGGGGCAGUUGGUGGAUGUGAAGGUGGCACAUCAUGGAGAGAACCCAGUGAGCUGUCCAGAGCUUGUUCAGCACCUCAGAGAGAAGAACUUUGAGGAAUUCUCCAAACAUCUUAAGGGUCUGGUCAACUUGUACAAGCUUCCUGGAGACAAUAAGCUAAAAACAAAGAUGUACCUGACUCUCCAGUCUCUGGAGCUGGACCUUACAAAGAUGAUGCAUAUGUUCAGGUUGGCCACAAACGCUAGUACCAUUGAGACCAUCCUGCAUGGCAGUGUUGGUCUGCUGACACCACGCAGUGGAGGUCUUCUGUUGUCCCUGCAGUGCUAUGUGUCACCAUACGAUGUGUUUGAGGAGGGAACUGGUGCUGUACUCAACUUCACCGACUCCACAGUCCCCCGUUCUCUGGGGAUCAGUGUGUCAGUAACAGUGGAAGGCACCUCCUCCGUCUACAAGCUCCCUAUUGCCCCCUUAAUCACAGGUUCCCAUCCAGUGGACAACAAAGGGACUCCUUCCUUUUCUGCUGUCACCAACUCCAACUCUGUUGAACUUCCAGCCUGUUUCUUUCUGAAGAUGAACCAGCCCACUCCUUUCUCACUGUCCUUCAUACAGAGGAUGGGCAAAGCUACAGGUAUCUCUGUGUUUGAGACGACACCCACGCUGGCCCCGCUCUAUGAGCUCAUUGUGCAGAGUCAGCUGCAGGAGGAAGGGGCAGGUGUCCUGCCCAGCCACGCGCAAACCAUGCGUUUCUACGCUUCCCUUCCAGGCCAGCAACACUGUUACUUCCUGAACCGGGAUGCUCCAGUACAGGAUGGACGAUGCCUGCAAGGCGCGCUGGUGUCAAAAAUCCCAUUCCGACACCCAGCACAAGUACCUGCGCUGCUGGACGUCAUUCGGCAUCAGGCUGCAUAUAACACUCUGAUUGGGAGCUGUGUUAAACAAACCCUGAUUAAAGAAGACACACCGGGGUUGCUGCAGUUUGAGGUGUGUCCUCUGACUGAUUCCAGCUUCAGUGUGUCCUUCCAGCACCCAGUCAAUGAGUCCUUGGUCUGUGUGGUCAUGGAUGUUAUUGACUCAACCCAGGUGUCCUGUAAACUGUACAAAGGUCACUCAGAUGCCUUGAUCUGCACAGAUGAUUUUAUAACCAAGGUGGUUCAAAGGUGCAUGUCCAUCCCUGUUACCAUGAGAGCCAUCCGCCGUAAAGCAGAGACUAUCCAAGCUGACACACCAGCCUUAUCUCUGAUCCAGGAAACUUUGGAGGACAUGGUAAAGAAGAACCUGCCGCCUACUAGUAGCCCUGGUUAUGGCAUGGGUGGCGGAGGUACCGGGGGAAACCCUAUGGGCCUCCCUGGUGCUGGUGGGGGCAACACACCCACAGGCAGUGGCUGCAGUGGAGGUGGUACUGGAGGUGGGCCCUCUUUUACUGGGCCAGUCACCUCACUCUAUGGAAUGAAUAGGACCUCUGGGUCCGGAGCAGAAGGAAUUUUGCAAUUUGGAGGUGGAGGACAGCAACAUCAGCUACAACAGUCACAAACAAGUCAUGGAGAGGAUUUCAGUAAAGUGACACAAAACCCCAUUUUGACCAGUCUCCUGCAAAUCACGGGUAGUGUUGGCUCUAGCCCAACACCUCAGCCGCCAUCUUCUGUGUCACAACCCCACCAGACUCCACCCCCAACCUCAUCUCCUGCCAGUAACACCAAAAACCAUCCCAUGUUGAUGCAUCUGCUGAAGGACAACCCCUCUCAGGAUUUUACCACCCUCUAUAGUUCUGGCCCGCUGGAGAGGCAGAACUCGUCCUCUGAGUCACCCCGCACAGAUAACUUGGGUGCUCCUUGUGCUAGUGGUGGGACAAAGGCCAAGAAGAAGCGCCCAAGGGGGCCAGAGAAAGGAGUGGUAGCUGGAGGAAGUAUGGGAAUGAAGCCACAACCAAGUGGCCCAGUACUGCAUCACCCCCACCCUCAUCACCCCACCGAAGAUGAUUUCCACCGAGAACUUUUCUCCAUGGAUGUGGAACCGCAGAAUCCCAUCUUUGAUGUGAAUCUACCAGGUGAUGGGCUUGACACACCACACAGUAUAACCCCAGCUCCUAGCCAGUGUGGGACCCCACCUGCAGGCCCUGGUGUGCCAUACCACACUCAGCCCCACACCCAGUCCCAGCAGCAGCAGCAGCAGCCCCUAGGCUCAGGUUUGCCAAGGAUGGCGCGGCUCUCCAGCUCUGACAGUAUUGGUGCCGAUAUAAAUGAGAUCCUGUCUGACAUUCCCGAGCAGGCAGGCAAAGUGUCAGGCGGCAACAGUCACAGCCAGCACCACCUUAGUGGGGAGGAUGGAGGCCCCCUUGGUACCCCACUGCGGGACUCCUCUAGUUCAGGCCAGGGAAGUGCCGUCUUUGAGGCUGACUUAUUUAAUGCUAACAGCAAUGAGAACCCUUUCCCCGAUGCUGCAGACUUAAUCGCUGAGGCAACCACUGCAGCAACCCCUACAAGUGAUUCCUCUUCUACCAACUUUUUCCCUGAUGCAGUUGAGUUCAAUCCUGAUCUUCUCACUGGGUCGGGCUUUGCUCCAGCGUACUUUGAAGACAGUUCCCCCAGUGCUGAUGGUGACCUUGACCUUGUGCAAAAUACUCCAGUGGGAACCCCCCAGAACCCCACUCCACAUGGCCGCAGUACCCCUGAACCACCACUUAAGGACCCUUUUGAUAUGAAUAUAGGUUUUGGGGGCACAGGUGGAGGUGGAAAACCACUCCUUGGACCAGCCCCAGAUCUUGGGGACUCUCACACUGGGGGUGGACAGAGUCCCCUCAUGAUAGCAAUAGGAGGGGUAGGUGGUGAUUUCAAGAGUGCAGAAAUGAAAGUAAAACAGCAACAGCAAAUGAUGCGGGGGAAGGAUGACAAUGGUGGUGGAGGCACCUCUGUCAUGGGUGGGCUAGGAGGGAGUUCAUCUGAAGGAAAGCAGGUCAAGCGCAGUCGUACUCCUUCCAGUGAGAGCAAAUCCAAAGACAAACCCCCCAAACGUAAGAAGAUGGACCCUGACAGCAAGUCACCAUCUCACAGCACGGGCAAUAGACCUUACACUCCUCCUAGUGGAAGUGCAGGUUCUGGAGUCCCAAUGGGAGGAGGGGGAUCAAAGUCUCCUGGCAGUUCUGGGCGAUCACAGACACCACCGGGGGGUGCCACACCUCCUAUACCCAAAAUUACAAUUCAGAUUCCAAAAGGCACCUUGACAGGUGGCAAGACUUCCUCACAUGGAGGGUACACAUCUACUAGCUCUGCUGGGGGAAGCACUAGUAGCACAGGUGGUAGCAGUGGCAGUAAGAGUCAUCACUCUCACUCCUCAUCCUCCUCCUCCUCCGGCAAAGUCAAAGGCAGUAAAUCAGAAGGACCUCUAAGUCAAAGCAACAGUUCAAAACCAGGGGGUGGAGGGAGUGGUGGAGGAGGGAGCUCCCAGUCCAAGAGCUCUUCCCAGGGACUUGGGGUGGGGAAGCCAGGCUCAUCGCCUAUAACUAAGCAUGGUCUGUCAGGGGUUGGAAGUGGGAGCAGUGUAGGAGGAAGCGGAAGCAAAAUAAAACCUCAGGGAGGGAAGCCACCUGGAUCCCUUAUCAACCCAAACAUCAAGCCUAACAUCUCACCUUCACAUUCUCGGUCUGGUACCUCUGACAAGCUUUCUUCACCAAUGAAACUUCAGCAGACACAGGUCCCAGGUACUCCACCAUCAUCCAAGGCGAAAUCACCAAUGGGUUCAGGGAGUGGUGGCUCAGGAGGGUCAAAGUCAUUAGCAGGAGCUGGAAUGGGAUCGCAAAAGCAGCUGGGUAGUGGCUCGUCGUCUGGUUCUUCCUCAUCUUCUUCCUCUUCUUCGUCUAGUUCGUCAUCCUCUGGUUCCAUGUCCUUUUCCACAGGCUCACAGUACAGUGCAAGUGGAGGUGGGGGAAGUGGAGGGGGAGGCGGAGGGGGUGGAGGAGGGAACAACCCCAAUGCCAAGGGCAAGUCACCAAGCCGCAACAAGAAGCCUUCCUUGACAGCAGUCAUCGACAAGUUGAAAAGUGUUGGCGGUGGAGGCAUUGGGGGUGAAGAAGGCAGUGAUGGGGGCUGUAGCACUGGGGCUGGUGCUGGAGGAGGAAGUGGAGGUGUUCCCUCCAACAUCGGGCCACCGUCGUCCAAGCAUGGAAUAUCAUCCCAGGGUGGAGAAUAUGUAAGUAAGCGAGACAAGGUGGAGAAGGAAGGAAAGUCCAAAGUAUCUGUGUCGGGAGGUAGCUCAGGAGACAAGAAACCACUGGAUUCCAAGAGCGGAGGAGCUGGCAGCACUGGGGUGGCCAAGAUCAUCAUCAGUAAGCCAGACGGUGGCUCUCCAAGCAUCAAGGCCAAGGUGACCCUUCAGAAACCUGGCGAGGCUUCUGGGGAAGCCAUGCGCUCCCAGCUCCCAGGCCUCAAAGCCUCACCCUUAUUCAGCGGCUCCACUCCUAAGCAUGAUCGCAGCUCCCCCAGUCACAGUCGCUCUCCUGGGUACACACCUCUCAACCCUGACAGCGAAAGUGAGUCUGGCAGCAGCUCCGUGGCCGAGAAGUCCCACCAGAACAGCCCGAGCUCAGACGACGAUCAGGCUUUGCGACCCUUGCAGACUCCUCAUGAGUACAUGAGCUCUGUUCCUGUGAGCUCGUUGGAAAAGCACAAAAAACAUAAGAAGGAGAAGAAAAAGCAGAAGGAGAGGGAGCGCGACAGGGACAGAGACAGGGAACGAGAAAAGGAAAAAAAGAAGUCCUCGUCAUCCUGCCCCCCCUCUUCGCACCCUCUAAAACCGGACAGCUGGUCUCGUUCGCCCAUUUCUGCACCCGAUCCCUCCCUUUCCAUGUUGGGGUCGGACCGCCCAGCCCGGCCAAGCCCUGCCUACCUUCACACCGAGGACGACGACCUCAUGGAUUCGGCGCUCACUGGCAACCUGGAGCCCUUCAAAUAAGACUUCUGUCACUGUGUCGCCCAACUUUGGAUUCCUCGCGUCCGCAACAGUCUUACGAGCUGCUCUAGCGGAAUGUGGCAUUUGGUUUCCAGUUGUAUGAAGCAGAAAUUUUUGUGGCUCAGCUAUGAACUGGGAACGUUGGUUCUUUUAAGGUUAACACAGCAAGGAGAAAAGCCUUGGGCCUUGGGCUUUUUAUUUGAUUUUGUUUUGUACCUGUUAGCAGGAGGGUGUCACAAAAUUGACAUUUUAGCUGAAGUUCCUCAAUGGCCAUUUAUACUGGAUUUCAUUCUCAUCAAUUUCCCUGUCAAACUGGUCCAAUUUGUAAUAUGUGUUAUUUAUACUCGCACUUCCUCACUUAGUCACUGAAUGUCAAUACAAAUGUAUUUGUGGAGAAGUUUUAAAACAGAUUAAUUCAGAGGAUGGGAAGAUUAAAACAGCUGGACUUGCGUAGGUGGCCCCUCAAUCUGUACAGAAAUUGAACGACUUCUGCACCCCCACCCCCAAUAUUAUGCGGGGCCCCUUUUCAGAAUUUUGCAGCAGUGCUGGAUUUGCUUUCUGAAACAUUGAUGCAACUCCUGGAUGCAGAGUGAUAGCAACUUUCCUGCUG